AUGGUCUCGAAUAGCCAAAUCAUGGACAAUCAACGUCAACAGUAUAUUCCAGGCCCGCCGCCCCCUCCAAAUCAGAAUCCACUGGGUCAUCUACCCCCUCCGCCGCCGCGACCCUAUCCACAAACCAAUCUACCUCCUCCUCCCCCAGGCCCGCACCCCAAUCAUGCCUUGCCUUUAGGAACUGUGUUUGGUCUGCCUGGAACAGGAUGGCAGCAGCCCUGGGGACGAUCGGGCAUGGCCCAGAGUAUACCACCUCCUCCGCCAAUGACACCAAUGAGCCAUCACCCAGGCCAGAAUCAGCACCUAGCAUACGGUAUGCGACAACCUUCCCACCUUAAUAUCCCCCCUCCACCUCCUCAAAACGACAAACCUAUCCUCUCUGCCACUUUUAUUCCUACCGGCGACUCGUUCGGUCCCGGUGUUGGAAUUCCCCCGCUCGACGACUACUCAACUUAUUCCCGAUACGAUGCGCAUUUGACUUCCGAGCCCUCCGUUUCCCAAAUGGAAACAAAAUACAGCGACGGUACUGCGUCGCAUAGCUAUUCAUAUCCCAAUCCUGCCCAGCCGAAUCCUGAGAUUUCCAAUAGAGAAUCCAGAGCCGCUUCGACCUCUUCGCACAGACCCUCUUUUAAUUUGCCCUUGCGAGACGUCAAGGAACCAAUAUCGCCAGGACCUCCGACGGCAACCCUUCAAAACCCACACCCCAGUGGCGAUCACGGCAGACAAAGAGCGCACAGUGCCGCAGUGACGGUCAGUAACUCGACUGAGCUGGCUUCUCAAUGGCCACGAGAUCGUGUCCUUAUUUGGCUUGCUGCAAAUGGCUUCUCCAACGAUUGGCAAGAGACUUUCAAGGUGCUCAAUUUGCAAGGCUCAGAGUUCUUAGAUCUAGGGCGUGGCCCAAAUGGUCGAGGUAACCUCAGCAUGAUGCAUCAGACCAUCUAUCCCCAACUCGCAAAGGUUUGCUCCGGCAGUAAGACAGGAUGGGAUCAAGCAAGAGAACGCGAGGAGGGAAAGAGACUGCGAAAACUGGUAUCUCGAUUGGUCGAACACGGGGGUGAAGGCCCUUCUAGUGCUGGCCUGGGACAUCGUCGCCGCGAAUCUGGUAUUCCAAGUGCUUCUACCGAUGGGAAUCUCGAAAAUUCACCCCAUUUACCGCGAGCUGAGUUCGGUAGCAAUCCGGGUACAGCGGGUCCAGAAGGCAGCCCCGGAAAACAAAUGCCACCACAGUUCCCUCCAGGCAUUGGCCCUCGCAAUUCUCAGGGCCGAAGCAGUACGAUGCCAGUCUUUAGUAAACACAGCAGUACCUCUAGCACACCAAGCGAAAGUAAACCACCAGACAACAUCCACGGCGGCAACCGUGCAGACUUCACUCGGGGUGUAUUGACUGGAAUGAACAAUCGCGGCCGUCACAGUCCUAAUCUCUCUGGCGAUAUGGCUACUGGUUUACUACCAAAAGGGAUCGAGGCGUCGCCAAACGCGAGUCCAGGCCUCGGAAAUGCUGUUCCUGCCUCGGUAUCUAGCUUCGCUCAAACUUACCGCCCUGAACACUCGAAGAGCAAUAGCACUGAUUCCAUGAACAAAGCUGUCGGCCACCCUCGAUCCAAUCCCAAUACCCAGGUGCUACAGGACGCGCCAAGGAAUAUCCUACCGUCCGAUGCGUUGCCAACCGGUCGAUUUUAUGCUGAUAGACGUGAUGCCCAAGAGAUGAUCAGACCAUCUCCUCUUGAUGCCCAUCGCACAUGGAGCAGUGAACAUGGUCCAGGCCCUGGUGGCAAAGAUCAGAGCAAGGGCUUCCUUAGUAAAUUUAUUAGGAAGAAGCACGAGAAUGCACCACCUCACAGUGAUGAUCAUGGCCUCGAAUCGCCCACUAGCCCAGGAUUGCGGCAAAUGUUCUCUCGACCUGGAGCUAACGGCAGCGAUUCUGCACUCAUGCCGCGGCCGUCAUCGGCGACGGCACUUCCAGAGGACGAAAAAGCCCUGUAUCCCACACGGCGAGCACCAGCGGUUUCCAGAAGGUAUGUUUUUGUCACACCUGACCAUUGGAACUUCCGCCUUGUCGACGUCACCGACGUCGAAAGUGCUAUCGCUUUGCGCAGCCUCAUCUGUAUUGAGCUGGGGAUUGCCGAUGCUGAAUAUGCCCAGAUAUAUGUCACGGAGCCUGGUCAAACUGAACAUGAGAACGCCUUGUCGGACAGCCUUCUUGUUGCGGUCCGAGGCCGCACAGAUAAUUCAGGUAGCUUAAAGCUUUAUGUUCAGAGCUCGUCAUUGUCUGCUGGGCCCGGAGCUGCAGGUCAAUCUACUGGACUCGGAGUAUCAUUCGCGCAAAGAGGCCAAGGAUCCACUAGCAUGGUCAAAUCCAACUCGUCCGGUGGGGCCAACCUAGAUCAAAAUCCAAUGGAUCCGGAGCUACAGAAACGUGCCGAUGAAUACCACAGACAAAAUGAAGCAAAAUCAAAAGCUUAUUGGGAGUCUCGAAGGGCACAAAAGGAACAAGGUAAUGGCACAUACAACGGCACUGCUAUUAGAGGUAAUACAGUCAUCGAUUUCGAUAGUCCGAGGAUGUCUCCGUUUGAGGAUAAGAAGGUUGACAGUCUCGUUCCUGUAAGACGCCCUCCAACCGCACCAGCCGAGUCGACUACCUUGACCAAAGUCAAUUCUCUCCGAGCAAGGGGAUCCGGUACGAGAUCGUCAUUAGACGCGCUUAAGCGCAUCUCUGAUCCCAUUGCCGAGGAGGAUGUAACCCGUGGAAAGAAGAAGUCCGCGAACGCCACUCCCUAUGCAGCGGGAGGCAUUGGCGCUGCUCUAGCCAAUGUUGGGAAAAUGGCCGGUGCGCCCGGUGCUGUUGGCAGCCAAAGCAGACAACAGCAUGACAGAAGUCACGGAAUGCGAACAGAUGAUUAUGACUCAAGAGGCAAUAAUACCGGAUUUAGUCUUCCCUCGUACGAGAAUCGUUCUCGCAAUCCCGCAGGAAACACUGUACUGUUCGAUACUUCACCACAUAUCAGUCCGACGAGCGAUACGUUGCCUCGUCCAGGCCUCGUGUCGAGAAAGUCAUUUGGACCAAAUUUUGACGUUGAGGACAACAAUGUCACAUUCGCUCGUUCACCACAUCCGCCAAAAGAUGAUGACUCAGAUGAUGACUCCGACGAUGGACUCUUCGCCAUUCCCAUAUCCAAUAAGUCACUUUCAAAGACUGAGUCUCAGAAUAUUAGCAGUAAAGACCAACGACCGGCUUUGACGGUGGAUACGGAUCAAAAUGCAGGCAAGAGCGUUCGUUUCAAGUCACCAGGAUCUUCUAGCGGUGUCUCCUUGGGCCAGAAUAAUGGCGAAGAGAGCGCAACUGCCAGUGGUGAUGGAUACGAUCGUAGUAUGUCUGAUGGAAGUUUCAGCGGUUCGGCCCAGUCACCGGAUGAUCGUAUGAAUCGACGAGACUCUUUCAUUAGUGAUAUCUGGGCAAAUCGACCUGCAGUGGAGAAUGUCGUGCAUCAUCUUGACGAAUUUUUCCCUGGCGUUGAUCUCGACAAGCCAUACCUGGAAGAGAAGGGUGAGAACAAUGGUUCCCCCAUGAAAUCCUCUGACCAUGACCCUCUCGACAGCCUUCAACAGAGGGCUAGGCAGGUAACAUUUGGAACGGCUGGUCUGGAUCUAGAAUUCAAGAGGAAGAACGACUCUGAUACCCUUGGUUCUGAUGAAUCGACCUUGAAAGCAAACAACCGUGAUAAGAUUGCAAGCGUAGCUCAAAGACAAGUGAGCAGAGCGUCUGGUGGCAUCACUCGUAUGAAGUCCAUUCGCGAGGUUGCACAGAAACGAAAUGAUGUGAGGAGAGCUCCAUCAAUUGCGCAAAGAGCCGAGCAAGCCAACUCGAGCAAUAUUCCACAACGCCGUAAGAGCACGAAAAUGUUUGGCGCCAAUAUCGUUCAGAUCAAGCCAAAAUCCGGGAAUAGGCUGUCCACUCUUGAUCCAAUUCCUCAGGAAGACGUUCCAUCCGAUGAGACACACAAGAGGCAAGCCACUUUCAAAAUUAUCCGAGGUCAACUCAUCGGCAAGGGCACGUAUGGCCGCGUCUAUCUCGGGAUGAACGCGACUACCGGUGAGUUCUUGGCCGUCAAACAGGUUGAGGUCAAUCAGAAGGUUGCAGCUCAUGAUAAAGAUCGAAUCAAAGAAAUGGUUGCGGCUCUGGAUAUUGAGAUCGACACUAUGAAAGAUCUAGAGCACCCAAAUAUCGUGCAAUAUCUUGGUUGCGAACGAAAAGAGUUCUCCAUCAGCAUCUACCUUGAAUACAUUCCUGGCGGUUCGAUCGGCAGUUGUCUGCGCAAGCAUGGGAAAUUUGAAGAAUCAGUAGUUCGUUCGUUGGCACGGCAGACGUUAGAGGGAUUGGCCUAUCUACAUCAGGAAGGCAUCCUCCACCGUGAUUUGAAGGCUGAUAACAUUUUGCUCGAUCUUGAUGGUAGUUGCAAGAUCUCCGAUUUUGGCAUAUCAAAGAAGUCAGACAAUAUCUAUGGCAAUGACGUGACCAAUAGCAUGCAAGGAUCUGUCUUCUGGAUGGCGCCAGAAGUCGUGCGAUCACAAGGCCAAGGUUACAGUGCCAAAGUUGAUAUCUGGUCACUUGGUUGCGUGGUCUUAGAAAUGUUUGCUGGGAAACGACCGUGGAGUCGCGAAGAGGCAAUUGGAGCCAUCUUCAAGUUGGGCAGCCUAGGCCAGGCUCCCCCAAUUCCUGAAGAUGUUCAAUCGACGGCAACUAUGGACGGGCUUAACUUUAUGUACGAUUGUUUUCAAGUCAAUCCUACCGACCGACCUACCGCGGAUACGCUCCUUCGACAUUCAACUUUCUGUGUCCCAAAUCCCUAUUUCAAUUUCUACGAUACAACCUUGGCGGCAAAACUCCGUAACGUGGAAAGUACUGCUCUUGGUUGA